CUUCACAAAUAAGAAGUGGACGCGUGCCCCCUCUCUAGCAGUGUAAUUGUUUUUGUCGUUUUCACCUGACAAUAUCUUCUUACCCUUCUCGUUGCCUUGCCUCUUUUUCUCUCCCAUAAAGAUCAGCACGUGAGAGAGAGAGAGAGAGAAGCAACCCUAAUAUCCAGUAGCUAAAAACCUCGCCCCAUCUGUUGAAUCAUGGCCGCCGUUCCUCUUCCUGCCGUCCCUCAGUCUCCCGCAGAAGGGUUUUACGCAAUCAACAACGAGUUUCUCAUGAAUGGGCCAAAAGGGUUUCAGGAGUUCAAGAUUCUUGAGAACGACAUCAUGUUCGUGAGAAUGGAUUUUCCCGGCGUUCCAGAAGAUGGCGUUAGUGUUACUCUUGAACCCUCCAAGACCCUUGUGAGUGUCCGCGCCCACGCACCCAAAGUCCAUGCACACGACUUCUCUCACCGGAACUACCUCAUCAUCACCGGACUCGUAUGCGGAUGCUGCGAGAUCUCCGGCUUCACCUACCACAUGACCGACGGUGUUCUCAGGCUUCAUCUCUCCAAGACUAACAUCCUCCAUCCUCAACGCCCUUCCUGCAACUCGUUUCUCGGUGGCAUACGUUUCAGAGGAGAUGAUUUCAGUGGAUGUCCUCAUAGGCUUCCCUAUAACAGGGAUCCCUAUCACCCGGCUUUAACGGGUCCGGUGUUGAUGCGUCACCCGAAUGUGGCUGAAGGAACGGCUAUGGCUUAUGAGUCAAAGCAGCUGGAGAACGGCAGCCUAUACGUGCGUUUAGACAUGCCAGGUGUUCCCAAAGACAACUUCAACGUCUCCAUUUCGAGCGGGAGAGUGAAGGUGACUGGUCAAGCUCCUGCCGUUAGCCAUGACUCCGAUGGUCGCUUCUACUCUGGUGACGUGGCUAUGCUUUCUGCUCCUGUAGACGUUCCUAGCCGUCCGAUCAAAACUAUCAUCAAGGAUGGUGUCAUUCGCCUCCUCAUCCCUUCCGUUUGAUGUGAAAAAACGCGUUUGCGUUUGAAAUAAUUUGAGUGGACCCCAGUUAUUGUCGUUAUUUUGAGGAUUAUGUUAUGUCACUUUAUUUUUUGGACUUUUGGAUAUGUUCACAAA